AUGCCUCCUCCACGUUCUACUCCUUCGAACACUCAACGAAAGUCUCAAUUUGAAGCCUUGAAAGAACAAAGGAGGACUCAAGGAAGACCUCCCCAAAAUCUCUCACCACCACCUUCAACUUUUUCUGCCUCAAGCUUACAAUCACCCACUGUUCUUUUACAGUUGUCAUUCACUUUACCAAGCCCAAUUACACUGACAACCUCCAUUUCAACACCUUCCAUUGCCUCUUUCCAACAAACCAAUUUCUUUUAUGCAGCUACCUCCCAGGAGCAUCCCAGUUACCAGAACUCUUGUGAAUAUUGGCCCCAGUUUAUUAAGAAAUCAGAGUUGACAGAGACAGAGAAGAUGGAACAUAUUAUGAAUGUUAUUUUUGAUGAGCUGGAAUUCAAAUCACUCAGGGCCUUCCUGCUUGCUCUCAUCCCACCCAUUCCUGCUCAAAAUUCCAUCAAAUAUGGCAAUCGUCACAAGAGGAAGCUGAAAGCCUUUCUGCAAGGGACCAGGCCAUAG